AUGAAGCUAUUCUUUUUCUUAAGAAUAUAAGAUGGGUCCAGCUUGUUGGUUCAUUUGGUGAGUGAAGUCUUUAAACUUCUCAAAAACUUCUUGCUUUUCUUUAUUAUCUUCAACUUGCAGUUAGGAAUGAUAUUCUUAAUCUUUUUUAAGAUUCUGUAAAAUUUUGAAUUCAAUUAAGGAAAUAUUUUGGUAUACAUUUUGAUGUCCUUUGGAAUUUCAACUGGGUAUUUCCAGCAUAAUAAUUAUCAUAAGAAAGCUGAGGUAGUAGUAAUAUAUACUGGGAUCAUCUGGUUAAUAGCUCUUCUGAUUGGGAUUAUCAUGAUCAUGAAUUUUAUAAUCGAUGUUAUUUCAGAAUUUUAUUAAAGAAAUAUGUAGAAAUUAGUUUUGAAAUCUUACAUCGCCAAAGAAAAUUUUAUUGACAAGAAUGAAAAUCUUUAUAGAAAUGAUGACUUGAAAACCAUUAAAUAUUUCCCAAAUUUUAUUAUUUUCAGAAAUUCUUUAAACAAAGAAAUCGACUAUAAUUGGGAAUAGAAAUAAUUUAUCAAAUAUCUAAAGUAUAGUAUAAGGAAAAGAUCUAUUAAGUUUGAAUAAGAAAGAAACAUAUGCUAUCUCUCUAUUCAAACUAAUAAUAAUUAUGAGACAGAUAAAAAUCCUUAUCAAAUUACUAAUAUGAAGAUCUUUAUGAAAAAUUUACUGUACUCAAUAAGAAAUAUGUUAAAGCUUAGGAGAAUAGCAAGAAUGAAUUAUAGUAAUAAUCUAAAGGAGGAAAUGAGCUUGAUGUACAAGUUAAAGGGCAGGAUACCAAAGCCCUAAGGAUUCAAGAAUACUUGA